AUGCUGCCGGCUGUGCUUAUCCUGUGUUUCGUGCCGAUGGCAGCUGCUCUUGGCCGAACCCAGUCCGUUGGUGUCAAAGGAGUACUCAUAUGUAACGAUAAACCAGCGGCCGAUGUGGAAGUUAAGCUCUACGACGAGGACAAACUGAGUCCCGACGAGCUGAUGGCAGCCGGAAAGACGGAUAGCCGUGGUCACUUCGAAAUCAGUGGACAUGCAGAAGAAUUCACAUCGAUAGAACCAAAAUUCAACAUCUACCACGACUGUGACGACGGUAUCAAG